AUGGCCCAGCUGGCUGCGGCCAGCGCGGCCCCCUGUGCCCUGCUGGCCCUCACGGCCUUCUCGGGGGCUCCGGCCUGGGCCUGUCUCCUCUGCUUCACGUCCUACAGCGAGCGCCAUCGCAUCUGCCAGAUCUUCGCGGGGGUGGAGGGUCCGAGAGUGGAGAAGUGUGAGGAGGCGUUCUCCGAUGCCUUUAAGGGCCUCCAGGACGCUGAGAUCAAUUACGAUGAGAGAGGCCACCUGCAUGACUCCUUCUCCCAGAUCACCUUCUCCCUCCAGGAGAUAGCCAGCGCUCAGGGAUCCUAUUUGGUUGCCUUCCCUUACGCUGCAAAGAAAAUGCAGGAGGUCAUUGCACGGCUUAAGAAAGUUCCGGCCUGCGUCCCUCCCUGCGGGUUCCAGGAGCUGUCCCGGCGUUUCCUCUGCCUCGGGUGCUACUCCAAGGUCUGCGACCUCCCGCUGGACUGCCCAAUUCAGGACGUGACUGUGCGACGGGGCGAUCAGGCCACGUUCUCCUGCACCGUGAACUUCCAGCUGCCCAAAGAGGAGAUCACCUACUCCUGGAAGUUCGCAGAAGGAGGUGUGCGGACGCGGGACACGUCCUUCUUCCGGGAGAUGCCCCGGGCCCGCGGGUACCUGGCGCGGAUCCGGCCGGUGCAGCCCACGCACAGCGGCACCUUCUCCUGCGUGAUCACCCACGACGAGCUCCCCGUGGCGCGCCUCUACUUCUUCCUCAACGUGACCGGCCCUCCCCCGCGCGGGGAGACGGAGCUCCAGGGCACCUUCCGGGAGGUGGUUCGCUGGGCGCCGCGGGAGGAGGAGGGGGUCGAACCCUGGAAGCCCGGGCUGGGCGAGCUGCUGGCCGAGCCUGGGGCUCUGACGUCCGGCAACCUGUUCCUGCUCGCGGCCGCCGCAGCCUUGGCCUCCGCCGGGGUGACGGUGCUGGCGUGGGCGUUCUUUCUAUGGUACUUCAGUGGCAACUAA